CGUCGACCAAAGCAGACGAGACCAAGGCCAUCUUACACGAUGUCUCGGGAACGGCUGCGCCCGGGCAGUUUAUCGCAAUCAUGGGCCCAUCGGGCGCUGGCAAGAGCUCGCUUCUCGACGUCAUAUCCGGUCGUGUCACCAGCUUUCACGGCUCGGUCACGGUCAACGGCCAGCCAUGGACACGCGGCGCACGUGCUACGUCAUGCAAGACGACCUCUUCUACCACACGCUAACUGUGAAGGAGCAUUUGCUCUUUCAGGCCCAAUUGCGCAUGGACCCGGACGCAAACCAUGCGGCGCGUGUCGCGGACGUGCUAGCGCUCAUGGGCUUGAGCGACUGCCAAGACUGCUACAUUGGCAACGCGGCGACCCGUGGCAUCUCGGGUGGGGAGCGCAAACGUCUCUCGCUGGCGUCGGAGCUUCUCACCAACCCAUCGAUUCUGUUUGUGGACGAGCCAACGUCGGGUCUUGAUAGCGUCACGGCCGAGUCGGUGGUCCAGGAGCUCCAGCAGCUUGCUGCACGUGGCCACACGGUGCUCGCGACCAUGCACCAGCCGUCGUCGCAGAUCUUUCGCCGCUUCGACGCGCUCUACUUGCUCUCGCACGGCCAGCUCGUGUACGCGGGCCAAGCCGCUGCCGCGGUCGACUACUUUGGCUCGAUCGGCGUGCACUGCCCUGCGUAUAUGAACCCGGCCGACUUUUUCAUGCAAGAAAUCGCGCGCGUCGACCACUUGGCGCAUCUCGUCGCGUCGUGGCGGGCGGUGGCGACGUCCGGUAGCCCAACCCCCACGAACAUGACGGCGCUCGAUGCCCCGAGCCGCCCUGCACCGCACCGUCGCGCAGGACUGUACCAAUGGUCGGUCUUGUGCCGGCGCAAUCUCCGGCGCCUCGUGCGGGACACGGCUGCGUUCAAGGCCCGCCUCGCUCAGAGUGUCGUGCUCGCCCUUCUCUCAGGUCUUAUUUACCGCAAUUUAAGCCUCUCUCAGACCGGCAUCCAGAGCUUUGCGGGCGCGCUCUUCUUUAUCACGCUCAACCAAGGCAUGCUCGCGGCCACGUCCGAGUUUGUGCAAAUCCCGCUCGAGCUGCCGCUACUGCGCCGCGAAGUUAGCGCCGGCUUAUACGCCCCUACAACGUGGUACUUGGCCAAGAACGUGAGCGAGCUCUGGACCCAAGUGCUCUUUCCUCUGCUCUUUGUCGUCCCCGUCUUCUUUCUCAUUGGGUUUGACGCGCACGUCGAGGAGCCGGCUUCCGUGUUGUGGACCAUGUCCCUCUUUUUGUCGCUGGUCACGAGCGCGUGCGUCGGGUUAGGGUACGUGAUCUCGUGCGCCGUGCCCCGGCCCGACGUGGCGCCCAUGGUCGGCAUCGUCGCGCUCAUGCCGCUCGUGCUCUUUGGCGGUCUCCUCGUGAACGCAAACGACACCCCGGGGUACUUUGUCUGGCUUGAGUACCUCUCGCCCAUUCAAUAUGGGUACCGUGGCUUGAACCGCGCGUUUUGGACCGCUGUGCCUCACAUUCCGUGUGCCACGGGGCAGCGCUGCGCUGCGCUCAGUGGCGCCGAUGUACUGGAGAACGCAGCGCUCGAUGGGCACUCGCUGCAGUACGAUGUAGGGCUCUUGCUCGCCAUCAACGUCGGCUUUCGCUGCCUCGGCCUUCUCGCGCUACGACUUUCGUUGCGUAAUCGAAGACACUAGAUCCAUUCACUGCAAAGUCAAUGUACACUUUUCGCGUCACA